AUGGUGGUGGUUGUAGACAGAAAAAUUCGACAUAAUGAUCUUGACAUCAUCGGUUCCCACGUCUUCACAGAAUUCCAACCGCUGCCUCAAAUAAUCUUCACAAGGAUAUGGACUGUCGUUUCGCAUUUUGGGCAAAAUAAUUUUAUGCGACCCAUCUUGAUUUUCUUUGCCGGUCACGGCUGCGAGACAAAGGCUCUCCUGGUGGAUAACAAGAUUCAGACGAUUCUUCCACAGGAUUACAACGCGAAGCAGAAGAAGCAGGGUCAUGGGACUCCAGAUUGUACCCUCGGCCCCCUGAUCAAUGGCAUCGCGAAAGCGAAAGGGGGUGAUAUUCAACACUCUCGAAGAUGGCAUUAA